AAAAUGCCUCCUCCUUCCCUCUCUCUUUCGACGCAUUACAAAACAAAAUAAUACACCCUCUCAUAAUUCCAAUCUCUUAACAUUGUCACCCUCACACCAUUAAUUAAAAAUCCUAAUGCAAGAAGCAAUCCCAUUUAGAGCCUACUCUCCGGCCACCACUUCCGGCAACCGGAGACUCCCGGCACGCGAUCAUGGUGGUGCUAAUACCAGCAGUGGACAUGUGCUAGUGGUGACCAAUGGACAUGAAAAUCAUGUCCAGAAAUUGGUGUUAGAGAAUUCUGUCAUAGUAUUUGGCAAACGUGGGUGCUGCAUGUGUCAUGUUGUGAAGAGGUUGUUGCUAGGGCUAGGUGUUAAUCCACCGGUCUUCGAAGUGGAAGAGAAGGAGGAAGAUGAUGUGAUUAAGGAGUUGUCAAUGAUUGAUAGUGAUAGAGGAGGGGAGGGUGUUGAUCAAGUGCAGUUUCCGGUGGUUUUUGUCGGGGGGAAAUUGUUUGGUGGAUUGGAAAGAGUCAUGGCUACUCAUAUUACUGGUGAGUUGGUGCCUAUCUUGAAAGAUGCUGGAGCUUUGUGGCUAUGAUCUCAAUAUUUUUUCCCUUUCUUUCCUUCACUAUCUCUGAUGAUUUUAAUGUACCAUGUUUUACUUAAGGUUCUUUAAUUCUCUCAAGAAAAUUUUGAGGUAGGGCUACAGGGCACCUUAUUUUCCUCUGUCUAUCUGUCUUUAGUUUAAUUUGUCCGUUCAUGGAAAUUAUGUCAAAGAAAUAGCGAAAAGUAGACCUUGUAAAUCAUAAUCUUACUUUUGAUCUU